AUGAUUGAUAUACUGGAAAACGUUCAGAAAUUGUGUAAGCCGUGGCGUCGCGUAUGUAAAGACCCUUCAGUGUGGCGGAAGAUUGACAUGCGCAACCUCGGAGACUUUGCAACGAAGUACGACCUCGAGAUCAUGUGUCGUCAUGCAGUUGAUCUUAGCCAAGGUGGUUUGGUUGAUAUCGAUAUUUGGGACUUUGAUACUGAUGAUCUCCUCUAUUACAUCGCUGAAUGGGUUGAAGUAGAGAACAUUUACAUCUUAUUAAUAUUGUUAAAUUAUUUGCUUUAUUUGUCUUUGUUAGGUUAUAUUUUAAUUUUUCACACGUACUUGCAUUGCAGGUCCAUUAAUCUGAAAAGCCUUAGAUUUACAUGCGAUAAAAUAACAGAUGAGGGAGUUAUGAAAGCUGUUGUGAAACUACCAUUGCUUGAAGAGCUUGAUGUUAUUUCAUACUGCUCGUUUUCAGGAAACUCUUUUAGAGUUGUAGACCAGGCUUGUCCAAAUCUGAAGACAUUGAAGCUAAACCAUAAUCCCGAGCUCGGGUUUUUUGUUUGUUAUGAGCAUAAUAGUAUUGCCACAGAAAUUGCAGAAUGCAUGCCCAAGCUGCACCACCUCCAACUUAUUGGGAAUGGACUAAACAACACAGGCUUGAACGCCAUUCUUGAUGGUUGUCCCCACCUGGACUACCUUGAUUUACGCGAGUGUUCUAACAUUAACCUUGUCGGGGAUCUCGAGAAGAAGUGUUCUGAGAGGAUUAGUGUUUUGAGACGCCCAGAUGACUCAACUGCUGAUUUCCCAUUUCAAACCACAAUGUAUGACCAGGAAUUGUUUUUUUAUCCUGAUUGUGGCGCCGACAAUGAUGUUGACUUUGAGUUCUCUUGUCCUAGUCCAAGUGACUAUGGUUAGGACUAGACGUUGAGGUCUUUGUGGACAAUGCAGAGACAUGUUGUUUUACUGGACUUGUCAAGCUUAACCCCAUGUGGCUGUGACUUAAGAACUCGUUCUUUUUUCUUUUUCGGGUCACCAACUUAUG